AUGGAAUCUGGCGGCUUCAAGACUCCAAACUCAACGGGAUGGAAGGUUGUGGAUCCUCCAGGGCUCGACAUGUUCGCAAGAGAAGCGAGCAACCAUGAACAUCUCCUUCCUCCCCGCAGCAGCACGGACCUCUCCACUCGCGCUCUCUCCGAGGCCCUGGCGAGGAGCAUCGCCACCAUAACGCGCGAGGCUUCUAAGGAAGGUUCCAUGAGCAGGAUAAAGUCAUCGCAGAACUCGCUCGAAGCCUCUCCGGCAGAGCACCUGAGGAGCGCCGAGGAGCUCCCCGGGGCCUCCGAGGCUCAGAGGAUCUCCCAACUCCGAGCGCAAGCAAGAGAGUUGAUGCAGGGGCUGAGGGAGAGGAAGGAGGAGCCGAGCGGUCCGUUCCUCUACCAUGAGGCCGAGCACGACAUCCACAAGGCCUUCUCGAGGCACAGCGUCAUCAGCAAGAAGCCGCCGGGAGGAGCGAACAAGAAGAAGCAGGAGGCAGUCGAGGGGAGGUUGAGCGAGGUCUACCAAGAGAUGGAAGGUUACUUCGAGAAGAUGACUUGCCAGCUGCAUGCGUGGGAGGCUGGGCUGCAGGAGCGAGAGAAGGCAAUACAGGCCUUCCAGACCUCCGAGUUCCUUGAAUUUGCCUUGAACGCGUCCAAGAUGGCUGAGAGAAUCUCCAUGAAAGAAGACGAGCUGAAGCUGGAGGAAGAGACUCUGAACAAGGAGAAAGACGCUCUGCUGGAACACGUCCAAGACCUUCAGAAGAUCCACAAGAGGCUCGACCAGGUUGAGGAGCUGCACAGCUGGGAAAGGUCGUUGAGUGACAGAGCAGCAGCGCUGCAUGCCCGAGAGAACGAGAUCGAGACGAGGGAGCUGGACCUUGCGAGACAGCAGAUGUACGUCGAGCAGAGGGAGAGGGAGGUGCAGAUGAAGAUGAUAUCGACUAAGGAGAUCAGGAACGAGAUCAACAACGAGCUGCUGCAGUGGGAGGCAGACCUGAAACAGCGAGAAAUGGACUUGGAUACAAGAAUGCGGCACAUGGCGAGUCAGAGCAAGAAGCAGGAGAUCAACGGACAAGAGAACAGGCUGAGACAGGCGUGGAGCGAGCUGGACAGAGAGAGAAACUAA